GGAAAUCUCGGAAGUUUUUGAAUAUCACGCGGAAAUCAUUCAGGACACCAGAAAAUCGGAGCCAGUCACGACACAAUGCAAUGGCAUAAAACCGAUUAAAGCCCCUGAUUCUCAUCGCAUCUCUCAUACUGACCAGCAUACCGGCCUUCCCCCUUCUAAUUCAUCCGUGAAAGUGAGGGCUUUGCAGCGCCGUCAAUCCCAAGAUAUUGCUGCGAGACCAGUAAAUUCGCAAUACCAUGGACUCACACUGCGUUCCGAUCAAUGCCAACGUUCAGUCGAAUCUCCAACUCAAUACUACUUUCAGCAUGGACCUAAAAGUCCUGGUACCCCUGCCAUACUCACCGCACCGAAAUCUUCGCAAUGUCGUGGACUCACACUACGUGGUGUUCAAUGCUCACGUUCAGUCAAACUUCCAGUUCAAUACUGCUUUCAGCAUGGAUCCCAAGAUCCCAAUACCUCUGUCAUAGUUACCGCACCCAAGUCUUCACAAUGCCGUGGACUCACACUACGUGGUGUUCAAUGCUCACGUUCAGUCAAACUUCCAGUUCAAUACUGCUUUCAACAUGGAUCCCAAGAUCCCAAUACCUCUGUCAUAGUUACCGCACCCAAGUCUUCACAAUGCUGUGGACUCACGCUACGUGGCGUUCAAUGCUCACGUUCAGUCAAACUUCCGGCUCAAUACUGCUUUCAGCAUGAUUCCCAAGAUCCUAAUACCCCUGUCAUACUCACCGCACCGAAGUCUUCGCAAUGCUGUGGACUCACACUACGUGGCGUCCGAUGCUCACGUUCAGUCAAACUUCCCGCUCAAUACUGCUUUCAACAUGGAUCUCAAGAUCCUAAUACCCCUGUCAUACUCACCGCACCGAAGUCUUCGCAAUGCUGUGGACUCACGCUACGUGGCGUUCAAUGCUCACGUUCAGUCAAAUUUCCUGCUCAAUAUUGUUAUCAGCAUGGAUCCCAAAGCAAUAACAUCCCUAGUACCACACCCAUCACACCGACAUUGGCAAUAGAAGUGAAUUCACGAUGCCAUGGACUCACGCAGGGUGGCAUUCAGUGCCAACAUUCAGUGAAAUCCCCAACUCAAUACUGCCAUCAGCAUGGAUAUCAAAGAAAUAACACCCCUGACACACCCAUAGUACCGCAACCGACGACAGAAGUGAACCGACCUCAAAGCAAUGACGUCCCCACCCCAUCCGCCAUAUCUACCAUCCGCAUAACAGGACAAUGCAAUGGCAAAUCCAAGCCGAAAGGAUGCCGAUGUCAACAGUUGGUCUCGAUUGCCCCCAGUCAGCUUACAAACGAUACUUCCCAACCAGUUUAUUGUCGUUCCCAUAUUCCAGCUCUAGUAGGGAUUGUGAAACACAUUGAUAACGAGGGGUUUAAAGUGCAGCUAGUCGCCGGUCAGGAAGAUCUUUUUGUUCGCUUUUGCG